AAGUGACUCUGAAGCUCACGGACGCUGCGGCGGGAGCCAAUCAGAGAGCGUGACGUCAGUUUGGCGCGGAGUUUGGCGGCCGGGGCUUACAGUGGCGGGAGUUGGAGGCUAUAACGGGCCCGUGUUGUGGAGGGCGCAAGCUACGAUUUAUAUCGAACGUGGCGGUGAUUUUUCACGGCCUUUUCCACAGCUGAGCCUUUUCUUUUGGCCCAGAUGCUCUUCAAUUCGGUACUCCGCCAGCCCCAGCUUGGCGUCCUGAGAAAUGGGUGGUCUUCACAUUACCCUCUUCAGUCCCUUCUAACUGGCUAUCAAUGCAGCUAUAGUGACGAACACACUUCUUAUGGAGAAACAGGAGUCCCAGUUCCUCCUUUUGGAUGCACCUUCUCUUCUGCUCCCAGUAUGGAGCAUAUAUUAGCAGUUGCCAAUGAAGAAGGCUUCGUUAGAUUAUAUAACACAGAAUCACAAACUAGCAAAAAGAAGUGCUUCAAAGAAUGGAUGGCUCACUGGAAUGCUGUCUUUGACCUGGCCUGGGUCCCUGGUGAACUUAAACUCGUUACAGCAGCAGGUGAUCAAACAGCCAAAUUUUGGGAUGUAAAAGCUGGUGAGCUGAUUGGAACAUGCAAAGGUCAUCAGUGCAGCCUCAAGUCUGUUGCCUUUUCUAAGUUUGAGAAAGCUGUAUUCUGUACAGGUGGAAGAGAUGGCAACAUCAUGGUCUGGGACACCAGGUGCAACAAAAAAGAUGGGUUUUAUAGGCAAGUGAAUCAAAUCAGUGGAGCUCACAAUGCCUCAGACAAGCAAACUCCUUCCAAACCCAAGAAGAAGCAGAAUUCAAAAGGACUUGCUCCUUCUGUGGAUUUCCAGCAGAGUGUUACCGUGGUCCUCUUUCAAGAUGAGAAUACAUUAGUCUCAGCAGGAGCUGUAGAUGGGAUAAUCAAAGUAUGGGAUUUACGUAAGAAUUAUACAGCUUACCGACAAGAGCCCAUAGCUUCCAAGUCUUUUCUGUACCCAGGUAGCAGCACUCGAAAACUAGGGUACUCAAGCCUGAUUUUGGAUUCUACUGGCUCUACUUUAUUUGCUAAUUGCACAGAUGACAACAUCUAUAUGUUCAAUAUGACUGGAUUAAAGACUUCUCCAGUGGCUAUCUUCAGUGGACACCAGAACUCUACCUUUUAUGUAAAAUCAAGUCUUAGUCCAGAUGACCAAUUUUUACUCAGUGGCUCAAGUGAUGAAGCUGCUUAUAUCUGGAAGGUCUCUAUUCCCUGGCAUCCUCCUACUGUGCUCCUGGGUCAUUCUCAAGAGGUCACAUCUGUGUGCUGGUGUCCAUCUGACUUCACAAAGAUUGCUACGUGCUCUGAUGACAAUACACUAAAAAUCUGGCGCUUGAAUAGAGGCUUGGAGGAGAAACCAGGAGGAGAUAAACAUUCCAUAGUGGGCUGGGCCUCUCAGAAGAAAAAAGAGAUAAGAGCUGGCCUAGUAACAGUAACAAGUAGCCAGAGUACUCCUGCCAAAGCCCCCAGGGUAAAGAGCAGUCCGUCCAUUUCCUCCCCCUCAUCAGCAGCUUGUGCUCCAAGCUGCGCUGGAGACCUCCCUCUUCCUUCAAAUACACCCACAUUCUCAAUUAAAACCCCUCCUGCCAAGGCCCGGUCUCCAAUCAAAAGAGGAUCCAUUUCUUCUGUCUCUCCCAAGCCACUCUCAUCUUUCAAGAUGUCAAUUAGAAACUGGGUGACCCGAACACCUUCCUCAUCACCACCUAUUACUCCACCUGCUUCUGAGACAAAGAUCACAUCUCCAAGAAAAGCCCUCAUUCCUGUGAGCCAGAAGUCAUCCCAAGCAGACACUUGCUCUGAGUCUAGAAAUAGAGUGAAGAGGCGGCUAGACUCAAGCUGUAUGGAGAGUGUGAAACAAAAGUGUGUGAAGAGUUGCAACUGUGUGACUGAGCUUGAUGGCCAAGUUGAAAAUCUACAUUUGGAUCUGUGCUGCCUUGCUGCCAACCAGGAAGACCUUAGCAAGGACUCUCUAGGUCCUCCCAAAUCAAGCAAGCUUGAAGGUGCUAGUACGAGUAUCUCGGAGCCUCCUUCUCCUGUCAGCCCUUACACUUCAGAAAGCUGUGGAACACUACCUCUUCCUUUGAGACCUUGUGGAGAAGGGUCUGAAGUGAUAGGCAAAGAGAAUAACUCCCCAGAGAAUAAAAACUGGUUGUUGGCUAUGGCGGCCAAACGGAAGGCUGAGACUUCAUCUCCACGAAGUCCAUCAUCCCAGACACCCAGUUCCAGGAGACAGAGCGGAAAGAUAUCUCCAGGCCCAGUCACCAUUACUCCUAGUUCCAUGAGGAAAAUCUGUACAUACUUUCAUAGAAAGUCUCAAGAUGACUUCUGUAGUCCUGAACAUUCGACAGAAUUAUAGAUUCUAAUCUGAGUGAGUUAACUGAACUUUGGUCCUCUAAAACAAGGUGAAAAAAAAAAAAAAAACUCUUCUUUAAGAAAGUGCCAUCCUUUCUUUUGAGAAAAUCCUCUUUAAUAAAACUCUUUAAUACACCUAUGUGGUUCUACUACUGGUGUAUACACAGCUUCCUCAAAGUGAAUGCUGUGUUUAAAUUUCAUAAAGUAAAUUGUCAUUCUGUAGUAUUUUGAAUGAAUACGCUACACUUUUUAAAUUAUGCAUCUUCUUUACAAUAAUGACAUCCCACAUUGUGGAGGCCAAAAAAGAAGAUGUCUCUCUUACUCUGAAAAUUCCUGUACACAGUAUAGGGAAGUGUCUGCCAGCCAUAGCACAAAACCUAUCUGUGAAGGCUGACCUCUGAAGACAUCCUCUGCAGAAGAUCCUGGAUGUGUCCUGCCUCAAGCAAGCAUAAUUUCAUUUGAAAUAUGUAAUCUUUCACUAUG